AUGCGACCAAAUAUACCUCAACUGUCGGAGCAGCAGGUCCAAGUGACCUACCACCAAGAGGCUACUGCUCUUCUAGAAUAUCUUGGACAAGCCCAGCAUCCUGACUAUGGAUUCGGUGCAGUGUCAGGUAGCAUCUACGAUACCGCUUGGGUGUCAAUGGUGGAGAAACCGUUGACAGGUAGUAAGACGGCUUGGGCUUUCAUUGAAUGUUUUGAGUUUCUAUUAAAGGCCCAGUGUGAGGAUGGCGGAUGGGAUACAGAUGCGGUUCUUUUUGACCGUAUUGCCUGUACACUUGCUGGCCUCCUCGCGCUCAAAAAACAUCUAAACCAGGAGAAGGAUAACAUGACCCGUGAAGCCUUGGACAAUAGAGUAUCUAGAGCUACACACUUUCUCCGUCAAGCUCUUCCCAAAUUGCCAGCUGCAGUCGCAUACGAGCUGCCGAUCGGCGCUGAACUCUGGCUACCAAAGAUGUUGGAGCUUAUUGAGGAGGAAGACAUCCAUCUCGACAAUGAAUGCGUGCUCGCUUGGAUUUUGCCAGCUAGGGACAAAAGGAUUUCCCGAUUUUCAAUCGAAACCUUCUAUGAAAGGGGAUUUACUUCCGUUGCACACUCCCUGGAGGGGCUUAUUGGGUACGCAGACUUUAGCCGGGUCUCUAGGCUCAAAUCAUGUGGCAGCAUGAUGGGCUCUCCGUCUGCAACAGCGGCAUAUCUCAUUUACAGCGAGACUUGGGAUGCAGAUGCCGAGGCAUAUAUCCGCCGCGCGCUUAAUUCUCCGUAUGCGGGUCAGAAUGGCGGCGUGCCUUCAACAUAUCCGACGACUGCCUUUGAAGCCUCAUGGGUUCGUGGAAAUUUUCCUUUCUCAUUUCUAUGUUCUCAGUCAUCUUCCACAUUCCUUGCUUCUUCGACUAUCCCUUCAUGA